AUGGAGGCGACUGUGGACCACCUGAGCGCGGCGUACGACGACUUCAUGGCGGCGGCGGCGGCUGUGGUGGAGGCCCGCGCGCAGUCGGGCGGCGAGAAGAAGACGGCGGCCACGGACGCCGCGCUCGAGGCCUUCAAGCAGCGCUGGGAGCUCUUCCGCGUCGCCUGCGACCACGCCGAGGAGCUCGUCGAGUCCAUCCGCCAGCGCAUCGGCUCCGAGUGCCUCGUCGACGAGGCCACGGGGUCCGCCUCCGCCGGAUCCGUGGCCGCUCCCGGCAUCAAGCCCAUCAGCGCCGUCCGCCUCGAGCAGAUGAGCAAGGCCGUCCGGUGGCUCGUCAUCGAGCUCCAGCACGGCGCCUCCGCCCAAGGGGCCGGCGGCAGCGGCGGGGCCGCUACCCCGAAUGCCGGCGCCGGAGGGCAACACCCCGAGGAGGGUGGCCAGUAG